GAGAGCCUCGAAAUAGGGUUUAGGGUUUGUGGAUCAUGGAAGGCGCGAUGCUGCAUUCGUCCUAUUUCUCCGUGAACGCCAGGCCGAUGAGCAGGCGCAGCAGCACCAUUUCGGCAGUGAUGGCGCCGCCGCAGCAACAGCGAGCCCCUGCUUCCACUGGAGCGGUGAAGCACGCAAUGACACUGACUGAGAAAAUUCUCGCUCGCGCUUCCGAGAAGACAAAAUUGGUGCCUGGGGAGAAUGUGUGGGUCAAUGCCGAUGUUCUCAUGACACACGAUGUUUGCGGGCCUGGGACCAUUGGGAUCUUCAAGAAGGAAUUCGGUGCUAACGCUAAAGUUUGGGAUCGCGAGAAGAUUGUGAUCAUCCCCGAUCACUACAUCUUUACUGCGGACGAGCGCGCUAAUCGAAAUGUGGAUAUUUUGCGGGACUUUUCAAAAGAGCAAAGUAUCAAGUAUUUUUACGAUAUCACUGACAGGAGUGACUUUCGGGCGAAUCCCGACUACAAGGGUGUUUGCCACGUUGCUCUUGCUCAAGAAGGUCACUGCCGUCCGGGCGAGGUUCUUUUUGGAACUGACUCGCAUACUUGCACUGCUGGAGCGUUUGGACAAUUCGCUACUGGAAUAGGAAACACCGAUGCUGGUUUCAUCAUGGGAACUGGAAAAAUUUUACUAAAGGUGCCCGGAACAUUGCGAUUUGUUCUUGAUGGAGAAAUGCCGUCAUAUUUGCUGGCCAAGGAUUUGAUACUGCAGAUCAUUGGAGAGAUCACUGUUUCCGGUGCAACAUACAAAUCAAUGGAGUUUGUUGGGACAGCUGUAGAACGUAUGACGAUGGAGGACAGAAUGACGUUGUGCAAUAUGGCGAUUGAAGCUGGAGGCAAAAAUGGCGUUGUGCCUGCUGAUGAAGUCACCUAUAGUUAUCUGAAGGGCAAAACAGAAAAGGAGUUUGAAUCCGUGUAUAGUGACGCUGGCGCGACGUUUAUACAGGAGUAUAGAAUUGAUGUAUCCAAGCUUGAACCAGUUGUUGCGAAGCCGCAUUCUCCGGAUAAACGAGUAUUAGCCAGGGACUGCAAAGAUGUGAAGAUCGACCGAGUGUACAUUGGCUCCUGCACGGGAGGCAAGACGGAGGACUUUGUAGCUGCAGCCAAGCUCCUCAACAAAGCCGGCCAAAAAGUCAAAGUUCCAACGUUCCUCGUGCCGGCAACACAAAAGGUAUGGGUGGACUUGUACGCAAUGCCACUCCCCGAGGCAGACGGGAAAACGUGCGCACAGAUCUUCGAGGAGGCUGGAUGCGACACUCCCGCUUCUCCCUCGUGUGCCGCAUGCUUGGGGGGUCCCAAAGACACCUAUGCUCGAAUGAAUGAGCCCAAGGUGUGUGUUUCAACCACGAAUCGCAACUUUCCUGGACGCAUGGGCCACAAAGAAGCGCAGAUUUAUCUGGCGUCUCCAUACACUGCCGCGGCCUCGGCUCUCACGGGCUUUGUCUCGGACUGCCGCGACUUCUUGUAGUUUUUUGCAGAAAAUGUGAAAGGAAGCACGAAAUAUAUAUAUAUAUAUAUAUAUAUGUAGAGACUGAAAGGCUCCUCACAGCAGUUUAUUAUGAGCAUGUACGUGAUCUAGGGAGAACACGAAAGUCUCAUGUAUAA